AUGAACCACGUCGAUGUGGAUCAGAUACUGGAAGAUUACGCAUGGUCUCACUUCAAGGAUAUACAGUCGUUGAGGAAGACUCGUUUGGAGAAUUUUAAGUCGGUGGAAAGAGAUGAUUGCGAGUUCGUUAUUAAUCGCAAGAACUUGACGUGGAUCAAUGAGGAGCCACAGUAUACCAAUUUUACUCCGACGGGUUCUAAGCCGUACACACUCUUCAAGUCCGUCUACACCAAUAACACCAACAGACCACAGGAAUAUUCAUUCAAGACGGAAAGAACAACCGAGUCCAUAUGCUCGAUAGCCAGAGAACAGGGUUACACUACAGGAGCUGAGGCGGAGCUCACGCUAAAAACUCCAUGUGAAAUCGCCGAAUUAAAAGCGGGGUUCAAGCAUGAGAUGCAUUUCAACAAUCUGAAUGAGAACUGCCAGACGGAGAUUCUGACGUGGGGUGUCGACAGCAACGUUCAGGUGCCACCACAUUACUCUACCGAAGCGUCAAUUAUAAUUGAAGAAAUGAACUAUCGAGGAUCGUACUCCAUCACUACCAAAUUGUCGGGUAAUGUGACAAUUUCGAUAAAAAGAAGAAAGGAUGAUGCGCUGAUGUUGCCGAUUCGCGUCAACAUCGUCGAAGUGUUUAUGUCUCAUCUUGACAGUCCUCAUUGCCGUAAAGAGGUGAAGCAGGUGGUUUCAAUUGAUCAACGUAAGGUGGUGCGGUUGUUAAGCAAAGGCACUUGUCAUUUUCAGUUUGCAAUGAAACAACGAAUCGAUCUCAAAGAAAAUCCAAUAAAAGUCGGAAAUGAAAUAAUGAUCGAUUAA